AUGCGGAGGAGAUCCCGGCAGACAGACCCGAAGGACCUUGUCGGUGCUGAAGCUCAGCGACAAAUCGAUCUCUUUGUCAGGCGAAAGAAUGGGCAGCCGCCAGACGCCGCGCACGACUGGGGAGAUGUUGGCGUGAUCGGUGAACUCGAGGCGUCCAGCAACAACAAGAAGGCGACGCUUCUCCUGCUCGGCCGAUACGUGCGGGAUAUUUUCUCCUGCCGACCAACACGCUGUCCUGGCGCGUUCGAUAUCCAUGAGAAACCCGAACGGUUCUUACAUGUGAUCGCCGGCUACACAAUGAUGAAUGAUGGGGAACUGGGCUUGGACACAUUUACAGAGCUGGAUGGCUACGUAAAGAUCUCGGAGCUCCUGGAGGCCCUUCGCGACGCGAUGAAGGCACAUAAGCCCCUAUACCUCAAAGUCAACAUCCUACACCGGGACAUUUCCGAGAACAACAUCAUCAUAACCGACUGCAAAGCAACUGGCCUCAUGGGCAUGCUGAUCGACUUGGACCUUGCCAAGGAGCUGGGCAGCGGGCGCAGCGGGGCGCGAUGUCGCACUGGCACGAUGGAGUUCAUGGCUAUCGAGGUGCUGCGCGGGAUCUCACACGCCUACCGACACGAUUUGGAGUCGUUCUUUUAUGUGCUCCUGGCAAGAGAUCAUCUUACAGACAACAUGUUCACCGAUUGGUACAAUGGCAGCUUCCGGAAGAUCGCGAGCGCCAAACGAGGGCAUAUGGAUGCGAAUGGAUUUGAAGAAAUCCUGGAGUUUCCCCAACCGGAGUUCGACUGUGUCAAGCCCUUUCGCAGAGAGUUGCGGAGCAUCCUGUUUCCUUACAGUGACGGGCUUUUCAUCGGGACACCAAAGGAUCCAGAAGUUCUCUAUGGGGCAACCAUCGAAGCGUUUGACAAGGCUAUUGAUGACAAUAACGCUAUGGAAAGAUAA